AUGGUAAACCCGGUACAACAUUACUAUUUCUCUCUUCUGUCUUCUCCUCAACUGGGUUCUUCACCUCAAUCAGUUGUGUACGCCCCGCUCCCAUCACAACUACAAACACAAUCGAAGGAGACACAGACCCAACUACAAGAAUCGCACGCUUCGCCCACAACAUCUCCCUACUCACGCCAAAAACAACAAGCACAACGAAACACCACUCCACGUACUCAACUUCACUCUCAACCAGAAUCUCAUCGUCAUCUCCUCUCACCAUCCAUACCAUCCGCUUUUCAAACCGAACAUCAACAGAUAUUGAAUGCAUCACAUGCUCCGCAAUUGAAUUACAAUACCGUUGUAUCUUCAAAUCAAUAUUCAGUCUCAUCCCCAUUUCCUGAUCUUGCAAAUCGCCCCUCUCCCUUUCUUUUCCCGGGAUUACCUACGCUCCACUCUUCCUCGCCAUAUACAUCUACAUCUACAUCGGCUUCUUUUUCCACACCCCCUUCCUCCUCUUUCGGUUCGCAUUCCGAUUCCGAUUCCGAUCUAGAAACUGGCAUCGAAGACAAUAGGAGAAACAGAUUGCCAAGGAUCCACGCCCAAGAACUCGCAGUGCAGAGGGCGCACCACAUGUGUGCUUGGUUUACGGUGGUUAUGCUUGGGAUUUUGGGGGUCGUGGGGAUCGUGCGGUGGGUGGUUUAUGGAUGA